AUGGAAAAAGGUUCCUUAAACUCACAUAUCUUUUCUAAGGGUUCUGCAAAGUUGAACUGGGAUCUGCGGUACCUUAUAGCUCUUGGAACCGCAAGAGGAUUGGCUUAUCUGUACGAGGAGUGCAAAGAUUGCAUCAUAUACUGCGAUAUGAAGCCUGAUAAUGUACUUCUUGAUGCAGAGUUUUGUCCUAAGAUUGCAGACUUCGGUAUGUCGAAGCUUCUUGGUCGAGAUUUCAGCAGGGCCCUAACAACGAUGCGAGGGACUAUUGGGUAUCUUGCACCGGAGUGGAUCUCAGGGUUGCCGAUCACACUUAAGGCUGAUGUCUACAGCUAUGGAAUGAUGCUUCUUGAAAUCAUAUCAGGGCGAAGGAAUGCAGAGAAAAUUAAGGAAGGGACACUUUAUUUUCCUGUCUUUGCUGCAGUCAAGGUGAAUGAAGGAGAUGUUAUGUGCCUACUAGAUAGUAGGUUGGAAGGCGAUGCAGAUGUGGAGCAGCUGAGCCGAGCUUGCAGAAUUGCACGUUGGUGCAUUCAAGAUGCUGAAGAUCAUAGGCCGAAGAUGGGGCAAGUUGUUCAAAUACUAGAGGAUGCUCUGGCUGUCGAAGUGCCUCCAGUUCCAAGGUCACUUCAAAAUUUUGUGGGCAUGGAUGAUUGAUUGCACUCGCUCUACAGAUAUGUAUAGUAUCUCAAAGACUAAAGGCCUCUUUGUGUUUGUCCGAACCUAUGUCAAGAAUUAAGUAUU